GAGGAUCGCAUUGUACCGGGGGGAGCAGAGCUCUGGCUGCGCAUCCUGCGCCUCUCCGAGAGGAGCUACUGGGGUCUCACUGCUGGGAGUCUGCCCGGGGGGCUUCUGGGCUGGGAGAGAGCCUGUGAGAGACUGAGAGAGUGCAGGCUUACAGGGGGGAGAUCUGGAGAGAAGAAAACAGGAGAGUGCAAGCUUCCUGGCAGAUAAGCGCAAUUUUAUUGACAGGAGAAGAGAGUGCAAGCUCACAGGCAACAGAGUGCAAGGUUUACAGACGGCAAAGAAGACUGCAUGCAAUUAGGCAAAGAGAGCUGCCUUACUGUGGGGAGAGAGACGACUUUAAACCAGCAACUUACAGAGUGCAGGAGAGCACAGUCACUCACAGGAGAAAGCGCCCACUUACAGGCAAGAGAGUGUCACUGUACAGCUUGGAGAGUGAUAGGGGACAAGCUAAUGAGCAAUUGCAAAAUUACAGACAGUGAAGGAGAGUUAGGUAGAAAACAAGCUAAUAGAGAGAAGACAAGUUAGCAGGCAGUAGAGUGCAAGCUUAUAGGCCAAAUAAGUUAGUAGACAACAGAGUGCCAAUUUAUAGACAGAAGACAAGUUAGCAGGCAUUAGAGUGCAAGCCUAUAGACAGAAGACAAGUUAGCAGGCAUUAGAGUGCAAGCCUAUAGAUAGAAGACAAGUUAGCAGGCAUUAGAGUGCAAGCCUAUAGAUAGAAGACAAGUUAGCAGGCAUUAGAGUGCAAGCCUAUAGGCAGAAGACAAGUUAGCAGGCAUUAGAGUGCAAGCCUAUAGAUAGAAGACAAGUUAGCAGGCAUUAGAGUGCAAGCCUAUAGACAGAAAAGAAGUUAGCAGGCAUUAGAGUGCAAGCCUAUAGGCAGAAGACAAGUUAGUAGGCAUUAGAGUGGAAACCUAUAGGCAGAAGACAAGUUAGCAGGCAUUAGAGUGCAAGCCUAUAGACAGAAGACAAGUUAGCAGGCAGUAGAGUGCAAGCCUAUAGGCAGAAGACAAGUUAGCAGGCAUUAGAGUGCAAGCCUAUAGGCAGAAGACAAGUUAGCAGGCAUUAGAGUGCAAGCCUAUAGGCAGAAGACAAGUUAGCAGGCAUUAGAGUGCAAGCCUAUAGGCAGAAGACAAGUUAGCAGGCAGUAGAGUGCAAGCCUAUAGGCAGAAGACAAGUUAGCAGGCAUUAGAGUGCAAGCCUAUAGACAGAAGACAAGUUAGCAGGCAUUAGAGUGCAAGCCUAUAGACAGAAGACAAGUUAGCAGGCAAUAGAGUGCAAGCCUAUAGGUAGAAGACAAGUUAGCAGGCAUUAGAGUGCAAGCCUAUAGACAGAAGACAAGUUAGCAGGCAAUAGAGUGCAAACUUACUGACAGUGAAGAGAGAGAGAGGGAAUUUGCCGACAGGGGAGACGGAGGGGUAGAGAGCAGAAUCAGACAAAUAAGAGCAGAGGAAGGGAAGUGACAGAGGGAAUUGGAGGGAGAGGGGGAGGGAAUUGGGGGAAAGGCUCCUGGUGCGUUGGUGCCCCUCCAAAAAAUUAAGGACAUUUGGGCCUUUUAUUUUAGGAAUGAAUGCUGAUCCCUGUGUGUCUUAUUGUGAUCCCCCUGCCAUGGAUUGUUACUACAGCCCGGCUCCGCAGGGCAGGGAGCUACAGACUUCUCCUUUUAGGGCAUUUCAGCCCAGUGAUAAGUUUAGCCCAGUUUUCCUGGCCAGUAAAGGACAAGGCUUUGGAGACAAGUCCAGGGGCUCUUUCCAGCAGGAGUGCCAAUCACUGGAUGCCAAUGUCCAGAGCAACAGCGGAGAGCAGCAGGGCUCCUUCACCAAGUACCAGGCUCAUCACCCAUCCCAUCAGCAGCAGCAGUCUCACCUCUACAUGCAGAGCACUCCCUGCAAGUCCCCGUCAGACAGCCUGAAAGUGCAGGACAGCCCCGGGGACCCCCUGAUACCCUGCUACGCGAAAGAGAGCGCCCUGACCCCAAACAGUGACCACCAGGGAAUGGAUAGUGGCUACAUUACCAGCAAGGAGACUGCAGGGAAGGGCUCCCAAGACCGAGGCAGCGGAGACCUCCCUAUGGACAAAACUGAAUCUGAAAGCAACAAAGGAAAGAAAAGAAGGAACAGGACUACCUUCACCAGUUACCAACUAGAGGAGCUCGAGAAGGUCUUCCAGAAGACUCACUACCCAGAUGUCUAUGCUCGGGAGCAGCUAGCCAUGAGGACUGACCUGACGGAGGCCAGAGUCCAGGUUUGGUUCCAAAACCGAAGGGCCAAGUGGAGGAAGAGGGAGCGGUUCGGACAGAUGCAACAGGUGCGCACUCACUUCUCCUCGGCCUAUGAGCUGCCCCUCCUGACUCGAGCGGAGAACUAUGCCCAGAUACAGAACCCCUCGUGGAUCGGGAAUAAUGGCGGCGGUUCCCCGGUGCCGGCCUGCGUCGUGCCCUGCGACACCGUCUCUUCCUGCAUGUCGCCCCACUCUCACCCUCACUCGGCGGGGGGAGUCUCGGAGUUCCUCAGCGUCCCGGGUCCCGGAGCUCACGUGGGGCAGACGCACAUGGGGGGUCUCUUCGGCAGCGCGGCCAUGGGCCCCGGUAUUAAUGGGUACGACUUGAAUACCGAGCCCGACCGCAAAAGCUCCAGCAUCGCGGCGCUCAGGAUGAAAGCCAAAGAACACAGCGCGGCCAUGUCGUGGGCAACAUGACAGAUCUGCCCGCCGCCAGUGACUUUACGCCCGCCCCCCUUGUACGGUUUUUGCCGAGGUCAAAGGUGGCAACCUUAGCCGCUGUCCCAGCAAGCAUCGCAGGCCAACAGGAACAUAAUAUUCAACUGCAGCCAGAGGGGGAGCCGACGAGUAAAGCACAACCAUAAUCAGGGAUGACCCCCCACCACCCCCUGCCCCUUGCACCCCCGGCCAGGGGAAUGGCGGACCCCUCUGAGCACUAUAUUCACAGAAAUUCAGGAGUAUCAGCCAGAACUGAGAUCCGCAGCCAAGUGUUAUCAAACUCUACCGGACUCCCCCUGCUUUCAGAACCAGAACCAGAACUAGGCCUCAGGGCAAGGAAUGGCUGACAAGUCCCUGGGAUGAUCCAAAGGCUUUGUGCUGUACUGUAUCCCUGGGUCUCUGAGUGGAUCCCUUGGGGUCUCAUUCAUUUCACUGAAGGCAUGGGGGGGCCGGGCUGUCUUUAGUGAAGGGGGGGAGCAUGAAAAUGGACUUUCCCUUGUACCCCAAGUAUUUAUCCUUUUCCUGCAAUGGUGGCACAAUGUGUAUAGUAAGGCAAGAUGGUGUCAGGGGGAGGGGCUCAGUGACUGUGGCAUGGUGUGUAUAGUAAGGCAAG